AGAACUCUUGCAUAACUUACAAACUACGGAGUACCUCUCCCUUUUUAUUCGUGAACCAUAAAUUGUGUAAAUUUUUAAAAUCAAAUAUAAAUAAGUAAUUAAUCUGGAGUAUUACCUUUUUCUAGGAUUUGCCUCGUUUUUUCCCUUUCAAAAAAUAUCCCUCCUUUUUUCAUUCCAACCACAAACUUCCACAACCCCAUUAUUAUGAGUAUUAUCUUCUAGUUUCAGUUUCACUCCCCACUUGCUUCUCCCACAAUCCCACCACCAUGAUGACACUCUUCCAUCUCCUCCCUUCCACCACUCUCGUCCUCCUUUUCUUCGCCUCGACAUAUGCAUCCCCCAUUUCCGACCCCACUAUCCUACUCCGUGUCAAACACGGCCAAAUCCUCGACCCCCUAAACCGCCUUGCAAAUUGGGUCAUUAUUCGCGGUCAUUCAAAUAACUCUCAUUGUCAUUGGACCGGCAUUAAAUGUGAUUCCUUAUCCUCCGUUAUCGCCGUCAACCUCGAUAACCUCAACCUCUCCGGUAACUUCCCUUCCGGCUUCUGCCGCAUUCCCACUCUCCGCAACCUUUCUAUCUCCUAUAACGACUUUAACGGUACUAUCCCUUCUCUUUCCCUCUCUCUAUGCUCCCACCUUCACUCUUUUAACCUCUCUAUUAAUGACUUCUCCGGCAACCUCCCGGAUUUCUCGCCGGAGUUUACUUCACUGGUUGCGUUAGACCUUUCUUCCAACUUCUUCUCCGGCAGAAUCCCCCGGAGUUUUCAGCACUUGUCUUCUCUUAGAGUCCUACGUCUCCAAGGUAACAUCCUCGUAGGCCCUGCUUUUCCCGAGUUCUUACUAAAUCUAACCCGGUUGACUCACCUUGAACUUGCUGACAACCCGUUUUAUCCCUCUGAGCUUCCUACCACCACUGGAACCCUCUCGAAGCUUGAGAUUCUAUGGCUCACGAACUCGAAUCUCGUAGGGAGAAUCCCGGUAUCUCUUUGUUUCUUACAGUCACUGCAACUAUUUGACGUUUCCAAUAAUUCUAUCUCCGGAGAGAUUCCGCGUUGUAUCGGUAACUGCACAAGUCUGCGGCAGUUAGAGCUUUACGAGAACCAACUUUCAGGCGAGUUGCCGGAUAAUUUGGGAAAUUUGAAAAGUUUGUACUUAUUUGAUGCAUCGGAGAACAAUCUCACCGGCAUUUUGCCGGAAAAACUUGCCGCAUUACCUCUGGGGUCGCUUAAUCUCAAUGAUAACUUUUUACACGGGGAGAUACCUGCAAUUUUAGCGGAAAAUAAGAAUCUGUAUCAAUUGAAGCUCUUUAACAACAGUUUUUCCGGAAAAUUACCGACGGGAUUGGGAUUGAAUUCAAAAUUGGAGGAAUUCGAUGCAUCAACUAAUAAUUUUUCGGGCGAAUUGCCCCCCAAUCUUUGCUAUGGGAAGCGUCUGUUGCAAAUUAUCGCCUUCAACAACAAAUUUUCGGGUAAUUUUCCGGAAACGUAUGGAAAUUGCAGUUCAUUAGGGUAUGUAAGAAUUGAAAACAAUAAUUUUACCGGCGAAUUGCCUGAAAGUUUCUGGAAUUUACCUGAUCUUUAUUGCGCCGAGCUUACGGAUAAUAAUUUUCAAGGUACUCUGCAUCUUACGGUUUCUGAAUCUCAUAAAUUGACGGAAAUUCACAUUUCCGGCAACAACUUCUCGGGAAAUUUGCCGUCGGAAAUUUGCGAAUUGAAAGGGUUAACGGAGCUCCGUUUGGGCGAGAAUCGUUUUAGCGGCGAGUUGCCGGGUUGCAUUACGGAAUUGAAGGGACUACAGGUUAUUGAAUUGCAGGGCAACAUGUUUACCGGCGAGUUACCGAGGGAUAUGAGGUCAUGGGUUCGAUUGACGCAAUUGAACUUGUCAAGAAAUAGUUUUACCGGCGAGAUUCCGAGUCAACUAGGUGAGUUACCAGUUUUAAAUUACUUAGACUUGUCGGCUAAUUCAUUUUCCGGGGAGAUUCCAGUAGAAUUGACUCAACUCAAUCUGAACCUGUUCAAUCUUUCAAAUAACAAUCUAGAGGGGCAAGUCCCUUCGGGUUUUAACCAUGAUUAUUAUGCUGAUGGCUUGUUGGGUAACCCGAGAUUAUGUAGCUCGAAUCUUAAACCCCUUUCGCCGUGCCCUAAACCCAUACCUAUCUUAUAUUUGGUCUCCUUUUUAUCGGUUUUAGCUUUUGUCCUCUUUUCUUCUAUUUCCUUGCUUUGCAUAACUAAAGUUCAAUCAAAUAUCGAGUUUAAGAAAAACCAUAGGUGCAAAAUAAUUGCUUUCCAACGGGGCGGGUUUAGUGAACAAGAAAUAUUAUCUCAACUCACCGAAGAAAAUGUGAUUGGGUCGGGUGGGUCAGGUCAGGUAUAUCGAGUAACACUCAAGUCAGGUCUUAUCAUAGCGGUUAAGAAGCUGUGGGGUGGUGGUGGUGGUGACAAGAACUCGGAUAUGGGUUCAUUAUUCAAGUCAGAGGUUGAGACUUUAGGGAGUAUACGUCAUGGGAAUAUUGUAAAAUUGUUGUUUAGUUGUGUAGGGGAGGAUAUUAGGGCUUUGGGGUAUGAGUACAUGAAAAAUGGGAGUCUAGGAGAUGUUUUGCAUGGAGAGAAAGGUGGUGUUUUGUUAGAUUGGCCUCGGCGCUAUGCAAUAGCUUACGGUGCAGCUCAAGGGUUAGCUUACUUGCACCAUGAUUGUGUACCGGCUAUCAUUCACCGAGAUGUCAAGUCCAAUAAUAUACUGCUCGAUGACAAGUUCCUGCCACGCGUUGCUGAUUUUGGCCUUGCUAAGCCGGUAAUAAGGUCUAGAGGCACACAAAAUGGCGAGAGCGUUGGGACCAUGUCGCGGAUUGCUGGCUCUUGUGGCUACAUUGCACCGGAAUACGGGUACACGCUCAAAGUGACAGAAAAGAGUGAUGUGUACAGUUUCGGGGUGGUACUGAUGGAGCUAAUAACAGGAAAACAGCCAAAUGAUCCAUCAUUUGGGGAGACAAAGGACAUAGUGAAAUGGAUGACAGAAACAGUGUUAGAAUCUGAUGAGUUAAAACAGCUGAUUGAUCCAAGAAUGAGUCCAACUUCAUGUAACUAUACUGAGAUAAAUAAGCAAGUUCUCAAUUAACUUGAAUCUGCACUCAUCGAGCUCAAAAUUGAAGAUUGAAUUUCCUGAGAAAUGCCUAAAGACAAGGCCAAGAGUUGCGAGUUCAAUCCAAAUUGAUUUCUAGGUACUCCAAUUUCUUCAAACAAAAAGGAUUUGGUAAACUAAAAAUGUGUAAAAGUAAACUAAAUUACUCAAAAAGUAAACUAAAUAACUUGAAAAAUGUUGAAAGAUAGAUGUUGUAACGGUUUGUUAUUGUUGCUCUGAUGCCUGCUCCUGCUCUUUUCUGUUCUGAAUUGUAUUGUUGUUGUUUUUGAGAUGAUUAACAGUCUAUUUUUCUGCA